AUGUCUGAACCCGUAUCGACAAGUGCUGUCGUCGACGAGAUUACUAGUGCGGUCGGACAAACAUCCCUAGUCGAAUCCAGCUCAACAUCAGAGCCACCAAAGGAGAUUGCCACGGAGCAAAAAGUGACUCCGUGGGAUGUGGCCGGAGAGGUCACAGAGACGGGACAAAAGCUUGGGAUAGAUUAUGAUAAACUCAUCAAGCAGUUCGGAACGCGGCCCAUCGACGAGGCUCUUUUGGCUCGAUUCAAAGAGGUGACUGGGCACGACCCGCAUAUUCUCCUGCGCAGAGGUAUGUUCUUCUCGCAUAGAGAGUUGAAUCGGAUUCUGGAUCGCCAUGCUGAGAAGAAGCCAAUCUUUCUCUACACUGGCCGAGGGCCAAGCAGCGACAGCAUGCAUCUCGGACAUAUGGUUCCUUUCAUGUUCACCAAGUGGCUUCAGGACGUUUUCGAUUGCCCUCUAGUCAUUCAGCUGACGGAUGAUGAAAAGUUCUUAUUCAAGAACGAGCUCACAGUGGAGAAAGUAUUGGAAUAUACCAAAAAGAACGCCAAAGACAUUAUUGCUGUUGGCUUCAACCCUGAGAAGACAUUCAUCUUCAGUAAUUUUGCCUUUGGGGCCUUCUAUGUCAAUGUACAGAAGAUAGCUAGGCAGAUCACAUUCAACCAGGCAAAGUCGACCUUUGGCUUCAACGAAUCAGAUAAUAUCGGAAAGAUCAGCUUUUGUGCUAUACAAGCCGCUCCCAGUUUCUCCAACUCGUUCCCGAACAUGUUUGGGACGAAAAAGGACAUUCCUUGCUUGAUUCCAUGCGCCAUUGACCAGGAUCCUUAUUUCCGAUUGACCCGGGACGCUGCCGUCAAGCUAAAGUACCCCAAGCCUGCCCUGAUCCAUUCGAAAUUCUUCCCCGCUCUGCAAGGCCCGUCCACCAAAAUGUCUGCGUCCGACGUCAACUCUGCCAUCUAUUUGUCGGAUACUCCAGCGCAGAUAAAAAAGAAGAUCAAAGCACAUGCUUUCUCAGGUGGCCAAGAAACGAUAGAAGAACACCGACGUCUAGGAGGAAAUCCCGAUGUGGACGUUGCGUAUCAAUAUCUGGGCUUCCUCCUCGAGGACGACGAGAAAUAUGCUCAGCUGGGUGCAGAUUACCGUAAAGGUAUCGUCACCACUGGAGAGAUGAAGGACUUGUGCAUACAAGAGGUACAGAAACUCGUAAAGACGUUCCAGGAGGCCCAAGCCAAGGUGACCGACGAAGUGCUUCAUCACUUUAUGGAUCCCACCAGAAAGUUCAAUCUUGGAUUCUUCUAG